AAUAGUUGUAAGAGGGUGAAUACUGUGAUAAGUUACUUGGAGAUAAACAUGUGGUAGAAUAUUCAUUUUUCCAAAUCCGAGGGGAAUUUAUCAUUUAAAGUACAAUUGUGGAGGUAUUUGCUAACUGUUAUUUAUCAGUUGUAGUCUGAAGUUGAACGUUUAGAAUUGGAGCAAGUGAUGGAACCAAGAAACGAGAAUAAGAGCUCAAUUCUCCUACUCCACAAUGCUAUGAUCGUGACCAUGGAUUCUCAAAGCCGCGUUUACCAAGAUGGCGCAAUUGCUAUACAAAACAACUCAAUCAUAGCCGCCGGCAAAUCCGCCGAAAUUCUCCCCCAAUUUUCUUCUCUCUCUCCUCAAAUACUCGACCUCAGCGGACAAAUUCUCCUCCCAGGGUUCAUAAACACUCAUGUUCAUACGUCUCAGCAAUUAGGGAGAGGAAUAGCUGAUGAUGUGGAUUUGUUGACAUGGUUACAUGAUCGCAUUUGGCCUUACGAGUCCAACAUGACUGAGCAAGAUUCCUUCAUUUCCACUUUACUCUGCGGAAUCGAACUUAUUCACUCUGGUGUGACAUGCUUUGCAGAAGCAGGAGGGCAGCAUUUGUCUGGAAUGGCAAGUGCAGUUGAAGUAUUAGGCUUGCGUGCGUGUUUGACCGAGUCUAUUAUGGAUUGCGGUGAAGGUUUGCCAGCUUCAUGGGCCGCUAGGACUACUGAGGAGUGUAUUAAGUUGCAGGAGGAUCUGUUUAUGAAACACCACAAUACAGCAGAUGGGCGUAUCAAAGUAUGGCUUGGGAUAAGGCAAAUUAUGAAUUCAACUGAUCGGUUACUUGCUGAGACAAGAGACACAGCAAAAAAACUAGAAACGGGGAUUCACAUGCAUAUCGCAGAGAUACCCCUCGAAAACCAACUGAUUGUUGAAACUCGAGGAGUUGAUCAUGGAACUGUUACAUAUCUCGAGAAAAUCAAGUUCCUGCAGAACAAUUUGCUUGCAGCACAUACUGUUUGGGUCAACGAGGAAGAGGUUGAUUGUCUCUCAAAGGCUGGAGUGAAAGUAUCACAUUGUCCUGCUGCUGCAAUGAGAAUGCUUGGAUUUGCCCCCAUCAGGGAAAUGCUCAGUGCUGGUGUUUGUGUAUCCUUGGGUACAGAUGGUGCACCAUCAAACAAUAGAAUGAGCAUUGUUGAUGAGAUGUACCUGGCUUCUUUGGUAAACAAAGGUCGUGAAGUAUUUUCCAAGGGAACCACUGAUCCUACAGCUUUGCCUGCUGAAACAAUCCUCAGAAUGGCCACAAUAAAUGGUGCCAAGUCUGUACUUUGGGACAAGGAAAUAGGCUCCCUUGAGGUUGGGAAGAAGGCUGAUAUCGUUGUGGUCAAUCCUUCUUCCUGGUCCAUGAUGCCAAUUCAUGACUGCAUUUCCAGCCUUGUUUAUUGCAUGAGAACUGAGAAUAUCGUCUCUGUUAUGUGCAACGGCUGUUGGAUUAUGAAAGAUAAGAAAAUUAUAACCAUAGACGAGGAAAAAGUUCUAUCGAUGGCCAAGCAUGCCUCUGCAGAACUUUUAAAGAGAGCAGGCAUCCAGGUUCCAAGCAGAAUGAAUUUUCUGUAAUCGCCUCAUCUUGGAUGAACGGCCCUCAAGAUAAAUGUCAGUAUCUAUAUCUGUUGCGACUUCCUGUGUAAAGUUGUUGUAUAAAUAAGAAUUGCUUUGUAAUUGUGUUCUGCAACUUCUAGCUGAUUCCAAGGUCACUCUACUGCUUGUUAGUGCUGCAGUUGUGUCUGUAGAUGGUUGAAUGGUAGAUAAAUACGAAUACAAGGUUCGAACAGAAAAAAUGGUUGUGGUUAUUAACAAUUUAGCUCCGGCUCCCUUAAUAGUUAUGGCAAUAAUUAAUAAUGUUAAGUGUCACAUUGGUUGAGGAAUUUGUUG